GAAAUUCUCUUUUCUAUGCUAGAAAAUAUUAAUCCAGUAUUACAUGUACCGAUAAAGCCUAGGCUAAAUAGAUUACCAUUAAAUAUUGAUAACUUUGAAUGGGAUAGUCAACGUCAACUUAUUGAUAGAGCAGAAAUAUUUGAUCAUAUUCGUGAUAUUCGAGAUCCUGAACAUCCUCAUAGUCUUGAAGUAUUAGGCGUAGUGACUGAUGAUUGGAUUAAUAUGAAUGAUGCUGAAAGUUGGGUUUGUAUUGAAUAUUCACCGACAAUUCCCGGUUGCAGUAUGGCUACUCUGAUUGGAUUGGCCAUCAAAGUGAAAUUAAUUCGUUCACUUCCUCGACGAUUUAAAAUUGAAGUCAAGGUGAAACCUGGUACACAUAAUUCAGAAGAUGAAAUUAACAAACAACUUGCUGAUAAAGAACGUGUUGCAGCUGCUCUAGAAAAUCCCGCUCUACUCAAACUAGUGAAUGAUUGUUUAACAAUUCAAAAUGAAUGAAGUAGAUAUUUCACAUGACCUUGCUUAUUCACUUGUUGAUGCUCGUAAACAACAACGCAUAUAUAUUGACCAAUGGAAUAUCUGACUACUAUUUUAUGUAUUCUUUUAUACUGUCAUAAAUAGAUCUUCGUUUGAUCAUAAUUUUCAAAGGUUUUUGUAUUUACCUCAUCAGUUUAUCAAAGAAACGAGAUGGUAGUAAGUGUACGAACUGCUGAAACAACAGAGUAUUAUUAAACAAAAUGCCCUAAUUCGCGAUCAUUAGGAUGAAUUUUGUAAAAUUGGAUGGUGUACCAACCUAAUCGCGACACUACGGAUCAUUGUGGAACAAUCAGUUGGAUGGGAUUCACUUCCAUGAAUCAACUUCCUUGCCUUUGAGAAAGUAUUCGAUACUGUGAACAGGUUGAUAUAAUGAGGGCUUCUUCGACACUACGGUGUGCCUGAGAAAUCACUCAGAAUCCUAUGGAAUUUCUAUGAUGAACUCAACAGCAAAAUUGUAUAAGGAGGGCAGUUCACAAGCUCAUUCCAACUGAUGACCGGUGUCCUACCGAAGGUCCUGAGUUCGAAUCCUGCGUGUAGCAGGAGUCGUGGAUGACCUCUGCCAAUGAGUCUCAUACAAAUACAGCCUAUGUGAGGAUUAACAAUGUGGCACUGAUGUGUAGACAAAGUGGGUAAGGCGAGGUCGAGUCAAGA